CCUUCUAUAAAUAAAAAAAAAACAUAGCCUAAUUUUUGUGCGGAAAAGAGAAAUAAAAUAUGGCAACUCCGACCACAAGUUGAAAAAUGAAAAUAAAAUGAAGUUUCGAUUUCACGAUCACGAUUCACAAAAUAUGUGGAAACUAUAACUCGAAUAUCAAAUUUGUUUGGAAACCAUUUAAGAUUAUGCCAUGUUUUAAAGCGCAUGAAAUGGAAAUUACACACGUUUAUCUCAUUAUGAAAUUAGUGAAAUGAUUUAGAAGAAAAUUGCCUUCACGUAUUUUGGAUACGCUCUCUUACAAUAUCCCAUGCUAAACAUUAGAUAAACAUGGAUAAUUCAGCUAUAAACACCUUGGAGGCGGCAGCUCAAAUGUUAAUGGCACCACCAAAUCUAGUGAGUUCAGAGCAAAGGCAUCAAGCUGAGAGUGUAUUUCUCGAAUUCAGAAGUACAAAAAACCCAUAUCAGCUGUGCAGGGAAAUUUUAGAAAAGUCCACCUCUGGUUAUGUGCUUUUUGAAGCUGCAGGUUUGAUUAAAACUGCACUCAUUCGCGAAUGGAAUUUACUGUCUGCGAAUGAUAUUACUUCACUGCGGGAAUAUUUACUGAGCUAUUUGUUGAGAAAAGAAGCACCUCCAUUCUUAAAAGAGAAAUUACUACAGACAAUUGCAGUUAUUAUAAAACGAGGAAGUAUAAAUGAUGGUGGCAGAGAGAGAAAAGCCUUACUUGAAGAAUUAGAGAAAAUCAUUUUAAGCUCUCCGAUUAGCCAACAAAAAUUAGCAUGCUCGCUCAUAUUAGCAAUAAUGCAAGAAUAUGCUAUCACCGUAAAAUCGGCUGAUGUAGGCUUAAUAUGGGAAGUACACUUCCGCCUAAAAAAGUCAUUUGAGGCUUUAGAUUUGAAGAGAAUAUUCCGUUUUACUGUUGGCGUUUUAGAACAGAUUAUUCGCUCAGGUCAUCACCCAGAAGGCGAGCAGGCAUUAUUAACAAAACAGUUGUUAACUAUUGUUGAAACAGUUUUAUGUUGGAGUCAUGUAUCACCUUUGCUUUCAAAAAGGUUGAUAGGAGCAUUCGAAGCUAUAUACGAAAGUGAUACAGCCCCUGCGCUAAGAUUAAGCCUUAACUGGAGAGAUACUAUUAUGCAACCGGAACUAAUAGCAUUAUUUUUCGAAAUACACAUGUAUGUACGUACAACACCUGAAUUGGCAAACCCAUCUCUGACUUGUUUAGUUCAAUUAGCUAGUUUAAGUGGCGUCGUAGUAUCAGCGAGUAACUUAAAACAACAGUAUUUAGAGAAUUACGUAAAUAGUUUCAUGAGAAUGCUGGCAUUCAUACAACCAAUAGAAAGAGAAAUGUUGGGUAUAUCGGAUAUUUACAGAAGAUUGGUACAGUUUUUUACGCCUGUCAUGAUAGCUGCUAUGCCUCCAGCGUUUCUACAGAAUCUAACAAACUAUACUUGCCACUGCAUAAGAGGAUCUAUUAUCGAAGAAGGUGUUAACGAAGACACUGUAUGGAGGGAGUCACUGAACAAGUUUCUACACACCUGGUGUGCAAUAGUACAUGAUGCUGAUGGUUUCUCCAAUGAGAGACUCAUGAAUCCCUGCAUUGAGAUCUUCAUGACAUACUUGCAAUGCCGGCUCGCGCCACCUGAUGGCACAAGAGGGACAGAAAGCAGCGAUGGUUGUGCCGAUGACAUCAAAGAUGACGUUGAGGAUGAUGAGCGGCAGUUGCACAGUAACGUUUUGCUGACAAUUGGGGCGAUAGCUCGCAAAGCACCCGCGCACUGCUGUCAUGUGCUGUUCAACUUGCUUACUGACAGGAGCAAAAGGCUCGAAAGUCAACUGCAGCUUAUGCAUAUGGGAAAGCUGGAAGUAGUUAGAGGCGGUGAACAACUGGUCACUCUGUUCGAAGACCUUCACUGGAUUUUGAUGAUAACAGGUCAUUUCCUAGCAGUGGAUUGUACGGAGGGCGAAACAGUCAUGAUUCCGAGUGAGAUAGUGCAAUACAGUAUGUCUCAAAAUGCUAAUAUCGACGCGUCGCUCCGAUACCUCGUUGGAGAGAGCACUUCCACAGAAAACGUCGAUCCUGUUUUGAAGUUGGUGGGUGAAAUCCUCCGUAUAAGUACAUGGGAGUGCGCUGCGUUAGAAGCUGGCUUGGCCACGGUGUUCAGUCCAGAGCUAUCCGCCACUUUGUCCUGGCUGCUCAAGAUAUGGGCCAACUCUUACUUAGUACCGCAGCCGUCGCAGUAUUCAGAGGUGUUAGAAGUGGCGUUCGGGCGCGGUUCACGCGGUGUGUCGUGGGUGGUCGGAUUGGUGGCCAGACGCGCGGCCGCCACCCUGCGACACCUGGCGACGCAACCAGCGGCCGCCAAGCACGCGCUCAUGUUACUGGCCACCCUAGCGCAUUCGCAUCACAAAGAGAGUCCACUGGCGAGCUGCGAAGAGUUUUUGGCUUUGGUCGCGUGGGAGGCGUCUGGAAGCAACUUACCAGGCGAACUUAGGAGAGAGUUGCACCGUGCUUUUGCUAUUGCUGCUACUUUCGCUGAAGGAGACGUAAGAAACCGUCUACUUGGCAGUACGGUGGCCUUGCAAGGGAAGUUACUGAACAUAAUCAACAUGGGGUCAGACACUGAACCAGUUCGCACCUUGCUCGCAGAUACCCUGGAUUGCUUUAUUGGCGUCACUGAAGGUGUACUUGAGGUGGGAACAAUGGACGAGCAGUUCAUAAUGCUGAUGGGUGCGUUGGAAAAGAUACCGGCGAUCGUAUUCCGGUACCACAACUAUCCUGGCGUGGUGUUGCCAGCACUGAAUCUACUUGCGAAAAGUGCUAAGAGAAUGCUGCAUUCCGUUCAAGCGCACAAUGUUAACAAAUUCCUCGAUAUUUGUAAUAUGACAUUCGAAGUCUAUAUGAAAUGGAAUUCUGGUAAAAUUUCUACCAUUCCACAAGAUGCUGAGGAGGAAGCUUACGAGGACAUCUGCGCACUAAUGGAAGUCAUAAGUAGCGUGUCCCGCUGCGGUGCGGGUUGCGGGGCGGAGGGUGCGUGGGGCGGGGCCUGUGAGCGCGGCCUUAGGCUGCUACUGCCGCUAAUAACCCCGCCCCUACUAGCGCUGCCGACCCUGGCUUUGCGCGCGUACCGCAUGCUGAGAGACUUGGACCAUGCGGAUCAGCUAACCAAUCUUCCGAUAGCGGAUUUCAACAUGGUUAUCACAGCGUUGCGUGUAGGCUUAACUGCCGUUUCGUGUGACGUUUCGACAUUAUGCUGCGACACUAUCGUGGGUCUCGCGAACAAAGUGCGAACUCUAGGUGACGACAAUCCCUACGCGAUAUCACUUCUGUCCCUGGCAGAAUUGUUGCUAAUGCUAAUAAUAAAGAUGGAGAUACCGCCGGAUUCCAUUCCUGCGGCUGGAGCGGCGAUAUACGCCCUGACUUGCGUUAAACCAGCUCUACUUGAAGGUUUAGCUAGACAAUUAAUCGAAGCUUUUGCGGUUAACGACCCAGCUAAUGUACCAAGGCUGGAAGAGGCCUUCGGAGUUCUCACAAACGGUGUACUAUUCGACGGUCUAAGAACCCACAAGCUCCGUUUCCAGGACAACUUUGAUAAGUUCCUGGCGAGCGUUCACGGUUUUCUUAUCGUAAAAUAAUUCAUUAACGACUUGGCUUUGUGAAAUGUUUCGCGAUCGAUGCUUCUUCGUCGGUUAGAAAGAAAACCGUUGUAUAAAAUCCACGGAAUACGAGUGUAAUGCUUCGGCAAUAUUUAUCGUAAAAUAUGGGGAUAAUUGUAUCCAACCAAUGGGUUGUAGACCUUAAUUCACUAAUUAUAAGGUUAGAAAUAACGCUAUUUUGCGAAUGACUAAUUCAUGCACGUAAAUUGGAACAUGACAAUGCGCGCAUUUUUUUAGUUGGCUCUCAAGUGAGUGUUUGCACUUCAAAUAAGUUAAAAGAUUCAGAGCGAACUAAGCCACAGGCUCAAAUUUAAAUUUAUGCGUAAGAAAACAUGUUUACUGGAGUUUGCGUUUUCUGUCAAUAUGUAUGACGAAACAAUGCUUUUGAAGGUAUUCAUAUUCCUAUUCCGAUUCAUAUUCCGAUAUCAUGUUGACAAGUUAAUCUCCAGAGCCAUUUUACAAUGAAUACGUUACAUCUUUCAAAAAUAUAAUAUUGUAAGAGCGAGCGAGAACUUUAUCAACUAGUCAUGGAGCCAUGGAGGUUAAAUUCUCAGUUGUGGAAAAAGACUGUCCCCACGAUUUAAUUUAAUGAAUUUGUGUAUUUAUAUAAUAUCUGGAUGAGUACAUGAAUGAUUUCCAGGAAAAUGGGUAGUACACAUCCGGACGGACCGUCGCUUGGCAACGCAUAAAACUAUGACAGUUUUCUAAAAAGCUAUAUUUGGUUUAUUUAUUCAAUAAAUGCAAGUAGCAAAAACGCGUAUCGAUUUUGAAUGAUACACCAAAAGACGAUUCGGUUCGUUUGGGUAGGAGGAAGGAAUACAUGAAAUAUUCGACCAAAUAUAACAAUAUAUAUCACUACCCAAAAACGAUACGCUAAAAGAGGUUCCAGCAUUACGUACAUCAAUUGACCUAUCUUCUAACCGAGCGACGGUUAUUUUCGCGUAAACAUCGAAAUCGAUGUAAGUUUUCUGUGUUCUGCACAUAGAUCUUUAGUAGAGAUUCUCAAACUUUAGGAAGUAUUUUGUGUACAUAAGCUCCCAGGAAUACAUGAAAUAUUCGACCAAAUAUAACAAUAUAUAUCACUACCCAAAUACGAUACGCUAAAAGAGGUUCCAGCAUUACGUACAUCAAUUGACCUAUCUUUUAACCGAGCGACGGUUAUUUUCGCGUAAACAUCGAAAUCGAUGUAAGUUUUCUGUGUUCUGCACAUAGAUCUUUAGUAGAGAUUCUCAAACUUUAGGAAGUAUUUUGUGUAGAUAAGCUCCCUGAAACUGGUUUCAUGUCUUAUCAGCCAUGAUCUACAUUGGUGUACAAAUGUUCGUUUGCUGAGUGAAGCGGAACAUGAGAAUUGAACAAAAUCUUUCUCAUAUUCAUGUUCAACUCGUCUUUUUCCUUGAAGAUCAUUAGGCAUUGAAUUAAUUAAUUGUCUUCCAGAGCUUCUGCCAUACCGACUACAUCUUCGGCUAACUAAAUGAUUCUUACUUGCCUUUGAUAUUGAUGUCAAAUCCAGAAGCUUUAGCUACCAACGCAGUUGUAAAACAUCUUCAAGGUCGCUGCACUUAAAUUAUUCUCGUAGUAUGGGCUUGUAUAUAGAUAUUGAACUGAAAUAUAUGAUGACGUUUUUGAUGCUAACAUUUGAAUGGUUUUCAACGCCUGUCAUGAUGAAACUCAAUAUUCGCUCAGUGCCUAUUGGAUCUGUAUAAUUAAAGAAUAAGAAUUUUCCAAUACUUAUAACAGAUGCGUUGCGAUGCGUCGUAAACCGUCUUAAAUGUGUGCGAGCUUUAAGAGUGACCGAUAUGUCCUUCCAGAGGGCUGUGUUAUAGUAUUAAAUAUUUAAAUUGAAUCGAAUAAAUGUUUGACUUAUAUUCUACGUAUAAAACAGUCCAAAUCAAAUGUAUGAUGCGUGCCAAAUAAGAAUAGGAUCAUACUUUCUAACAUGUUAAAUUCUAAGUGUAGUACUAAGUACGUGUCCUUUGUAAAUUGAUGUGGUAUCAUGAGUAUAUCAGUGUGCGUUACGAUGUAAUUCAACUGUGCAAAAUCAUAAAUGAACCUGCGCAGUUUGAGCUUUAGUCGUAAUUUUUUUUGUGUGCGUUUCUUAGUUAUAACUGAAAUUAACAAGAUAACGUCCUAUUCUUAUUUGACAGCUUUGUAUUUGUCUCGCAGCUUGUUUGUAAGAGGCCUAAUGAAACAGGGUGCAUGUGGCUUCAAAAUGAAAAAAGGUAUCCUUAUGAUAUUCAAAGUUUUUUAAGUUUACUCUAUAAAAGCCUACAGUUUGAAGGAAUUUAAUAAGACGUAAUACAGAUUUCGUUAACGAUAGCUGAUACGAUAUCAUAGCCCAAAUUUUGAGUCCGUAACCUAAUUCGACUGGAUAGUUGGAUUGGAUUGGACGGAAUGGUUAGUAUAACUGAACAUAUACAUGGUCGAGCUUAGUGAAACAUCAUUCCAGAAAGGGUUUGAUAUUACUAUAGACUCGAUUUUAUUUAUUAGUAAAAUUGAAGUGGUAUUAUCACUUGAAGGAUCUUAAUCAUAUAAUUACACUCUCGGCUUCCUAAUCGCUUACAGCUCGCGCGCUCGCUUGUGGUGUUAAAUUCAAUUUACCACACUUAUUUCAUAAUGUACCAUUAAACAGCUAAACAGCUUCUGGAUAUAAAUGUUUUUUUUCCUAUGUAAUUCGUCUUAUUAAAUAACUUGCGUCAUAUAAAAACCGAAACGCGUGUAUGAGAUUCACAACGAAAUGAAACGCCAAAAGAGUAAAGGCUUUGACUUUGAAAAGACAGAUGAAUGUGAAAUAACAUAGUAGUCAGUGUUUUGAAAGGUGCUCUCUGAAGAGUUACGAAAGUUACCUUACGAACACAUUACCUUUCGCUGUGUACGGACACGCGGACACGUUUUCCGGUUUCUGGCCCUGAUUAAUAUAAUAAUAUUAAUAUAAAAUUAAGUUAACUACAUAGUGUGAACAAGUCCACGAUAACUACUGCCGAUAAGCUGUAUUACAGUUUAACAGACUGCGUUUGAGUGUAAAUUAUGUACAAACCAGAAAACAAAUAAGAAUGAAAUAGAGAAAAACACUGCAUUACAAUUCGACGUUACGCCACGUUUAUUGGCCAAGACCCCUGUUUAUAUUGCGGUUGUGAAUGUUAAAUGGAUUUAUCGCUGUGGUAUUAAAUAUUUCUAGUAGGUAAUUAAGUUAUGAUGAUAUCUUUAUCAUCAUAACUUAAUUACCUACUUUUAGAAUUAGUUAUAGUACACUUUUUUUGUACUUAAUUAUAGGAAAAUUGUGAUUUCUUCUUAUGCUAGUUAAAUUACAUUGUUAAAUAUAUUUUUUAUGGAGAAACGUAUACCACAAACUAUGCUUCGUUAGUAGGCAAAACUUGUAAACUGAACUAAAUUACAAAUUAAAACUUCUGACUUUUUAAAGGGGACGGAAAAGUUUAAGUCUUUAAAUUUAGUUUAGUUAACAGUUUUGUAUCAACGUAUUGACCCCAAUUCUAGCUGACAUAGACUAGGAACUAGAAAGGAAAAUUAUUAUACUUCUUGGCGUUUAUUAGUCUCAACUUGGCAUCGAAUAACUUGCCAAUAUGUUGUCCUUCUCUUCCCUAAGAGAAAAGAAAGAGACAGAUGAAUCCUUUCGUUUGCUUUUGCUGGAAUUGGAAUCAUAAUAUUAUAGGUAUGAAUCUUCGAUCACUUUUAUACUUGAUAUUGUAAGCCUUCAAAAAGUGUCCGAGAAAAAUUUGUAGUUAUAUCAUAAGAUGAAGUAAAUAUGAUUUAAACGCUCAACAGAUAAACAUCAGCAAAAAACAAAAACCUGACUUUUUUCAUUUUGUAAAGGACUAUUAAUUAUGGUAAAGGUAAUUAAUUUCACACCCCACAACAAACAAUCUAUAUCAUAUCAAGUAAAUUAUUGAUCGAAGGUGCUAAUUGUAAUACCGCUUUUUGCUUGUUACAUAUAUCAUGAUUCAUGAAAGAUGGAGUGAAAAGUUUAGUUUUUUCUGUACUUACUUCCCCUAUUUCUGGCUGCGGAAUAUGGGAAUUAUAAGACCUAUAAUAAUAGCGAAACUCAUUAGCUAGUUUUAUGACUUUCAAUUGAAAUAAGGUUUAAAAAUAAUUUAAAACUUGAAUUAUUUUGAACCGUUGGUGAAUUGUAAAUAAUUUCACUCCAACUGGAAUAUUAAAACGCGAGUAACAAGAGUGUACUGUUAAAUUAUAAUAAUUAUUUUAACGUUUUGACUUUAAUAAAUAUCACUUAGGUUUUCUAAGAUUAUCUACAUCAAUAAUACGUAAAACUGUAAUAAUACUAUGUUGUUUAGUUAUUAUCAUAAUAUUAAUUAUUAUAUUAUAGAAAAUCCUAGAUAAAUAAACUAUCUUUUAGUUAAUUUUGAACAAGUCUAAAUGUAUGUGUUUUUGUGAAAGUGUAAACAGUGAUAUGUUAUUAGUAGUAAUCGGAAUAGGCAGCGUAUUUUUGUGAAUUUCAUGACUUUUAUUUUAAUGCCUUUAAAUCCAACUGAACUUGAAUAGUUACAAUUGUAAGCUUAAAAUAUAUGACUUGCAUUAAUGUCCUAAAAAAAGGUUUACUUGAGACAAGAAACAAUUGAAGCUAUCUUGUAUAUGCAAUGUUUGUUUGGAUGGCUCUUUGUAAUCAUAAAUUGUUAAAAGUGAUUGUAACUUUUAUGUUCAAGAGAAAAUAAUUUUCAGGGUUUAAUAUAAAGUACCAGAAAGCUCUCACUCUUUUAGUUCCUAUCAUUAAAACUAAAAACUUUUGUUCUACGACUUUUCGAAAUUCAGUAAUAAUUUAU